AUGGAGGCCCCGCUCCAGGCCCUGAUCGCCGCCGCCGUCUCCUUCGUCCUCAUCUCCCUGCUCUUCGCCCUCCUCCUCCUCUUCUUCAGCGCCGAUCGCGACGAGAGCGCCUCCUUCGACCCCUCCNGAUCUCCUUAUCCCCUGUACGAUCCGACACCGUCGCCCAUGGAGGCCCCGCUCCAGGCCCUGAUCGCCGCCGCCGUCUCCUUCGUCCUCAUCUCCUCGCCUUUUCCCCGCCGCAACCCCUCCUUCUUCGCCGAUCGCGACGAGAGCGCCUCCUUCGACCCCUCCCUCGACCGGAUCUCGCUCCCCGAACUCGCCGCCGCCACCGGGGGCUUCUCAUCCGACGCCAUAAUCGGCGACGGGAGCUUCGGGUUCGUCUACAAGGCCGUCCUCCCCUCCGGCACCGCCGUCGCCGUGAAGCGCCUCUCCGCGGACGCCGCCGCCUCCCAGGGCUUCCGCGAGUUCCGCGCCGAGAUGGAAACCCUGGGCCGGAUCCGCCACCCGAACCUCGCCCGCAUCCUCGGCUUCUGCGCCUCGGGCCGCGACCGCCUCCUCAUCUACGAGUUCCUCGAGCGCGGGAGCCUCGACUCGUGGCUCCACUACCCCGACGCCGACGCCGACCCUGGCCGCGCGGCGCCGCUGCCGUGGUCGGCCCGGGCGCGCGCCGUGCGCGGCGUGGCGGCGGGGCUGGCGUUCCUCCACGAGGGGUGCGAGCCCCCGAUCAUCCACCGCGACAUCAAGGCGAGCAACGUGCUCCUCGACGCCGACUUCGGGGCGCGGAUCGCCGACUUCGGGCUGGCGCGCCUCGCGGACGAGUCGCACUCGCACGUGUCGACCCAGGCCGCGGGGACGAUGGGGUACAUGGCGCCCGAGUACAGGGAGGGCGCGGUGAGGGCCACGCCGCGGGGCGACGUCUACAGCUUCGGCAUGCUCGUGUUCGAGGCCGCGACGGGGCGGAGGCCGAGCUGGCCCGUCAGGGAGGACGCGGCGGAGGGGUGGACCGAGGUCAGCAUGGCGCGCUGGGCCCGGACCAGGGUCGAGCAGGGGAGGUGGAAGGACAUCCUCGACCCUCGGAUGGCGAUCCCAGGCGAGAUUUUCGACCAGGAGGACGAGGUGAAGGCCUUCCUGGACCUGGCCUACCGGUGCACGGAGGAGUGCGCCCCGAAGAGGCCGUCCAUGGGGGAGGCGGUCGCCAUCCUCGACCAGAUCAACUCCAAUAAAUUAAAUUAGAUAAUAAUAAUAAUAAUUAUUAGAGGGAGGGAACAAAUUGGUCCCUUGCACCGGCUAUACCACGUCCAUCUGUGGACCUAUAACGGGUCAAGAUAUACGUGGAAUAAUCCCGUAAUUAUUUUUCGGUAUAUUUUUUUAUCACAAUGUCGUAUAUUUUUCGGUAUUUAAUUAUUAUAUUGUAUUACUACUCCAAAGGAGCGGCAAAGAAAAGAAACACCAAUAGUUAUACGGGUUAAUGUUGUGUAACAAAAUUUAAAUCAAAUUCCAACAGGAAACAAGCGGUAAGAGCUCGAAGGAUUGAGGUUUCAAGAAA